GAAACGUUCGCUUCGCCUUGCCCAAACGGGUCUGAUUCUUUCUACUUUUCCUUCAUUUCUUUCCGCCCCUCUCCCUGCCCUUAAAAACGUCGCCAUCACCACCGCAGCAAAAAUAAUAAUUAAAAAGCAGCAGGACAAAGAGCUGUUUCUCUCUCUCGAAACUUUGCUGGCAACUCCAGCGGGAAAUGGAAGGGGAGGCAGGAGCCCCAAGCAGGCGGCGUUCAGGCAUUGUUCGCCCUUCAGCUCCACUGGAAAAGGGCUGAAAUAUCAGGAGACGCCGCCGACCUGGCUUUCUUUUUGCCUCUGCUCUCAGGGGAAACGUGGAGAUAUACAAAUAGGAGAUAUAUAUUUGAAUGAAUAAAAUAUACGCUCAAAUGCGUACCUAAUACACACAGCUGGUCUGCUUGGGGAAAUUGCCUUGGAUCUCCAAAAGAAAAGCGCGUUGGAUUCGGGUGCCGCCACAAGGCUGACUUUCCCGGAUCCCGGGGAAAGACCUAAAUACUCUAAAUGCACCACAUCCUGUCUGAGGUUACACGUUAAGCAGGGUCAACCCCGGUUAGUCUUUGGAUGGGAGACCGCUCCCAAAUACCAUGGUGCUGUAGGCUAGCUUCCAAAGGACCUGGAAAAACCGUCUCUGACUAUUCUUUACCCAAGAAAACCUUCGAAAUUCGUGGGGUCGCCAGACACACAAUUCAAGAGACAUUCUUUUGAUCCAGAGGCCUCCCUGCCAGGUCCCCACCACCCCGCGGUCCUUUGCAGAAUUCCAGGGAAAGUGCAUAUUUGAGGCGACUGGAGGGCUGUUUAGCCGGUGGGGAGGAGUUGAGAGGAAAAACGGAAGGGAAGAAAGAUGGUGAGCAUUUUUACUUAGUCAUGCAAAACGGCCGUGGAAAUUAAUUACAAAGGGGGGCAGCUGAUAUGGCAGUAUUCAUUCAUUCACCACCAAAACCCUGUUCCCUUCUCCUGCUUUCCUCUCUAUUUGGUCUUUCUCGUGAGGGAAGAGAGGAAUAGAGGGAUAGAAGAUAUAUCGUCUUUUUUCCCCCCACCUCUGGUUAACCACCGCCCCCUUCCUCCCCUGGAGUGCAGGGAUGCCUUUCGUUUUGACUUUGGUUACCAGCUACUGGGAAAUUUUGACGUUUGUGCUUCUGGUCAGAUUUUAGCUUAAAAUCGAUGACUGACUUAGUAGGAAAAAAUGGAGGGACACUGCUAUAGCCGCUCAGCCACACUGGUUGGCAUCCUCCUUCUGCAUUUGUGCUUGUGAAGGGCUGUUGUUUUAUUUUCCAGUCUUGAACUAAUGUAAUGGUUCCCAACCUUUGGGGCCUAUCCAGGUGUUUUGGACUACAACUCCCAGUAAAUCCCAGCCAGCUUAACCAGCUGUUAGGAAUUGUGGGAACUGAAGUGCAAAUCAGCUGGAGACCCAAAGGUUGGGAACUACUGGUCUAAUUGAUGGCUAGUUUGGACUGAAAACACCGCCAAGGACUUUGGAAAUAGCAAAGAACUGGCUUUGUUUUGGGGAAGCCGGGAGAAGAAAUAGAGUAGGCUCACCCCUCCAAAAUGAACACCCCAAGGCUUCCCAAAGGGUUCUACUUGGUUUUUUUCACCUCUCUUAUCCACAAGGCCCCAAACUACAGGACAGGGUGAAAGUUGGAACGGAAAAUGCCCUUAAUCUAGAACAGUGGUUCUUCAUCUGUAGGUCUCCAGAUGUUUUGGCCUUCAACCCCCAGAAACCCUAACAACUGGUAAACUGGCUGGGAUUUCUGGGAGUUGUAGGCCAAAACACCUGGGGACCACUGGUGGGAGUCUUUCAUUCAUCCCUUGGAAAGACAAUGUGUGAGCCCUAGGCACAAAUAUGGAAAGCUAAUGAUACAUCCGUAUUUGAAGAUGGUUUUGGAAGAUGAGAAGCAGGGAUUUCCCUCCUCGUUGCCACAGGCUAUUAGAGGCAUUCUUCUAGCUCAAAGUAACAUUCUCUCUUCUUGGUUUUCUCUCCAUCUUCUCCUUCUCCUUCUCCUUCUCCUUCCUCCUUCCUCCUUCCUCCUUCCUCCUUCCUCCUACUCAGUACCUCUGAUGCCACUGCCCUGCCUCCACCGCUGGAAGCACUCAACACGCGUCCACUCCUCGUGUGGACCCAGAGACUUGGUGGGGACUCUCCACCUUGUCUGCAAGGCCGGGGCUGUGGACUGGGAAAAGUGGGCAUAUUUCUAGCUUAUCUAAGGCUUUGUUAUGGGUCUGACGUGAGCUCUCGUCCGGAUUCUCUCUCUCCCCCUCUUCCUCCUCCCUCUCCUUUUCCCCUCCCCCAAUAUUACAGGCAGAAUUUCAGCGAAAAGUGUUACAGUAUUACAGAGCUGGAGCUCAGGAUAACCACGGGAAGAAACCCUAGUAGCAACAACUUGGCCAUCGAAAAGAGAGAGAGAGAGAGAAGGAAGGAAGACAGGAAAGCAAAAGGGGCGGGGGUGAGAGAGAAAGAAAGAGAGGAAGAAAGAGAGGAAAGCGAGAAGGAAGAGGAAAGACGAGGCCGAGCUAGCGAACCAGGAUGCCUUGAGAGCCAAGCCAGCACCUGGCUGAGGAUAGACUCACUCUCUCAGUCUCUCCCUCUCCCUCGGCUUGGAUUCCUUCCCGCACACCUUUCUGCCUGGUCUGUUGGGGUUCCUGAGGAGAGGGGGCUUUGAUGCCCCCCCUGCCCCCAUGGUGGGGCGGCGGCGGCGGUGAGGAGGAGAAGGAGGAAAAGGAGGAAGCGCAGCAUGGGCGACCUGAAGUCGGGCUUCGAGGAGGUGGACGGCGUGCGCCUGGGUUACCUGGUGAUCCGGGGCAAGCAGAUGUUCGCCCUCUCGCAGGUCUUCACGGAUCUGCUCAAGAACAUCCCGCGCACCACGGUGCACAAGCGCAUGGACCACCUCAAGGUGCAGAAGCACCACUGCGACCUGGACGAGCUGCGCCGGCUCAAGGCCAUCAACUCCAUCGCCUUCCACGCCGCCAAGUGCACGCUCAUCUCCCGCGAGGACGUGGAGGCGCUCAACACCUCCUGCAAGACCGAGCCCGUGCUCAGGACCAAGCGCCGGGCAGCCGCGGGGCGGGACGACGCCUCUCCCGGGACGCAGGCUCAAGCCGUGGCGGCAGCGGCGGCCUUUUGGAAGGACAGGGGCAAACUUUGGCUGGGUUUGAAUGGAGCCGCCGCCGCCGCUGCCGGGCGGAGGAAUGGCUGGCGCAAAGCCGGAGCCGCGGCGGGGCUGGGCGCUUUCCUACCGGCUUCGGAUCUACCUCACUUUUGGAGCCCUCCGCCGGGGCUGAGCUCGCCGGGACUGCCCCGCUCGCCUGGCAAAGGGUCUCCAAACUAUGAAACGGCCCCGCUCCGCCCGCGUUACCUCUCGCUGGCCUCGGAACCCGCCUGCUUCCGGAGCCUCCUCUGCCCCAAGCACCCGCGCUACUACUACUACCACCACCACGCCAGCCAGCCCAAGCCCGCCGUCGCCCGCAGCAAGGCCCUGGGCUCGGCCUCGCGGGCCAAGCGGAGGAGGAAAGCGGAGGCGGCGGCGGGGGAAGAGGGAGUCCUGGGGCCCGGCGGAGGGCGGCGCUGCCUUUUCGUGCCCCGCGCCGCUUCCAAGCCGCCGGACAAGGGAGCCCUCCUCGCCUCGCCCUUGAGCGGCUUCCUGGCGCCGCCACAGCACCAGCCUUUCCCCGAGAGCUACAGCAGCGACUCCGAAUCCAGCUCUUAUUCCGACCAGGCUGCCAACGACUCCGACUUCUGCUCCAGUUUAACCAGUAGCAGCAAUUCGGGCUCUUCGGAGGAAGAUGAAGAAGAGGAGGAUGAAGAAGAAGUCAGCUGCGGUUCUGAUUCCAGCGAACUGAGCUCCGACGAGGAGGAAGAAGAGGAGGAGGAGGAAGAAGAGGAAGAGGAAGAGGAAGAGGAGAGCAGCACCGAGUCCGACUCCAGCACGGGCUCCAGCCAAGUGUCGGUGCAGAGCAUCCGCUUCAGGCGCACCAGUUUCUGCCCGUCGCCUGGACUGCCGCUCCCCGCCCCUUUCCAGGAGCUGCCGGGGCCGGCGAGGACUAUCAAAGACGAAUCCUCCUCCUCCUCUUCCUCCUCCUCCUCCUCCUCCUCCGAGGAAGAGGAGGAGAGGGGAGGGGGCCCAGGGGCGCCCAAGGUUGAGCCGGGCCUGGGCUGCGCCGAGGAGGGGCCCCCUCCCCCGGGAAGGCCGGGCUUGGCCGCGGGAGGCAGCCGACGCCCCUGCCGCCGCCCCGCCGGACCCUGCCAGGCCCUGAAGGCCAGCCCGCCGCCAAGACUCUGCCCAGAGGGCAGGAAGGCCCGCUUGGACUGCCCUUCUCCUCUUCCUCCUCCUCCUCCCCCUCUUCCCCUUCCUCCAGCCGCUGCAGAGGAGCCCCAAUCUGCCCUCGGGGUGCAAGUGCCCGGGACGUGUCCCGAGGACGCCCCCCUCCGCCCCCUCUUGGCCCCCUCUGCCCACAGCCACCCGCCCGAGCCCCUCGUGCCCCUCGCCCAGAUCAAGGUCGAGGACAGCAGCGCCAACGCCGAGUAUGGAGCCCUCCCCGCCCAGAGCACGGCCGCGUGGGAAGGCAGCGGGCCCCGGGAGCCCAAGGAGGAGAGGACCGAGGCCCAGCUCUCCCCGCCGCCGCCCCCCGACCCGCCGCCCCUGCCUCUGCCUCCACCGCCUCUGCCUCUGCUGCUGCCGAGCAAGGAAGAGCCCGGCUGCCCCGAGGAGCCCCCCCGCGCCCCCUCCAGGGACCCCGCCGCCCCCGGCAGCCCCCCCAGGCCCAGCAGGACGCCCCCGCCGCCCCCGGCCCCCCUCCGCACUUUUGCCAAGCCCCAGGACGACGACGACGACGACGACGGGGAAUACAAAUUCGGAGCCCGCGUGAGGAAGAACUACCGGACUCUGGUGCUGGGCAAGCGGGCCCUGCUGCCCAACCCGGCGCCGCCGCUCAAGCCAAAUCUGAAGUCGGCCCGCAGCCCUCGCCCGGUCCCUCCGGGAAAGUCCCCGCCGCCGCCCCCGCCUCCGACGCCGCUGCUGGAGAGCCCUGAAGGGCCCCUGGAGGGCCUGGCCGUGCUCGGGCGGCGCAAGCGGGUGGGCGGCAGCGUGUCCGCGGCCCUCAAGCGCCCCUUCAGCUUCCUGGGCAACUUCCCCUGCCCGCCCUCCUUGGUCCUGGGCCUGGACGGGGAUCUGCUCCCGGCCUACAGCUUCAGCACCGCCAAGGAGGCCCAGCCGCCCCCCAAGGCCCACCCGGUCUGGAAAUGGCAGCUGGGCGGCUCCGCCAUCCCUCUGCCCCCCAGCCACAAAUUCAGGAAAUUUCAUUCAUGAAAGUGGUGGAAGACCUCCCCGACGUCAUGCUUCUCGUCUUGGCUGGGAUUAUUACGUAUUAUUACUAUUUCUCCUCCGACCCUCUUUUUUCAUCUUGGCUGGAUGGUGUAUUCCUGCCCACUCCAUCGCAUCCUCUCUGGUUUAUUCUGUU